AUCGAUGAAUUCUGUCAAAGAAAUUUUAAAAGGCGCAAAGUUCGUUGGGGUGAAAAAAUGGUUUCGCUGCAAAAUUUCUCAGUACCUCCGGCUUCCGGGGAGAUAAGUAUCUGUGAGCAACAGGGGAGAAUCUGUUCCCUACCCAUUACGGAAGUGGAUAUUGGAAGGGGAAUCCCAUCUGGCGUGUGUGCAAAGUACCCGGAGAUAAAUAUCGUUCGGGAGUUGUUUCACACCUCCUCUUCGAAUAUCCUCCACCGUGAUAGUGGUAGGAAUCUCAUGAUGCCAGUGCAUGAGAAUCUCCUGAAGCACAUCACCCGGACUUUCUUCGAAGAUAGCCUCUCAGCAGCCUUGGAGGAAGCAAGUACCGCCUCAAGUGCGGUUGUGAGGACUUGUGCAAAGUACCUCCUGUAUGUGGUGAAUGUUGGCAACAAUAUGCGGUACUUCCUGCGUCCUCAUCUCCGGGAUCAGACCCUUGCGAGCGUUGGGAAGUUCUCGGAGACUAAAAAUUGGCACAGAAGCCCCAUUAGGUGUAUCAAAUGGCAUCCACAUUGCUUCAAACUCGCCGUGGCGGCUUCUGAUGACAGUAUCCGGGUAUUUACGGAUGAACCCACAGCAGUUCCUGUGCUCAAGACUGGAUUGCAGAAGGGAAUCACCUCAAUGGCAUGGCGUCCCUUUACAGCCGGCCUACUUGCAGUGGGAUGCCAGAGUGGGGUACUUUUGUGGUCCCUGGAACCCAAUUCCCACAUCACACGCCCCCUUUCUCAGGCAACACACCUGAAAAGUCCCAAUCAUACGCCAGUUACGUCGGUUCAUUGGAGCCCCAAUGGGUGCCUCCUGGUGACGGCAAGUAUAAAUGAUGCAAACAUCAUCAUUUGGGAUGUAGAUCAGAAUCGAAGUACAGCCCUGAGGCGUCUGGGGCCACCCUGUACACACGUCAAGUGGUCUCCGGAUGGCUGCAGGCUCUUCUCGGCAACAAUGGGCAAUGUUUUCCGCGUGUGGAAUGCCAAUAAGUGGACUCCGGAGCGUUGGACAGUUGGUGUGGGGACCAUUCAAUCACUAGCUUGGUCCCCAUGUGGCACACAUUUGGUGUUUGUCACCACAGAAGAGACAUGCCUCUAUGCUCUGCAUUUUGUCGAGGAGCAGGUCUUCAAUAGUACUUCUCUGCCAAAGCAGGCACUUCGUGUUGCAGAUUUAGCCAGAACAAACGUGGGUGGGGUGGAAGUGGGUGGGAGACCACAGCAAGUUGCCUGGUGCCCAACGGGUGAGCACUUGGCGGUUUCCUUCAGGGACACGUCGGUUAUUUCAAUUUUCAGCACCAGCAUCUCCAAGCAUAACUUCAGCAUCUCACCCUCGUGCUUCCUCAAUGGGCUGCCUGAGGAGUUCCCAACAUAUCUGUGCUUCCAACCCAAAGGGAAACAAGCGGACAAUUCAGUACUCACAAUUGGAUGGUCCAGCGGAAGAAUUCAAUAUUUUCCAUUCCUUUAAAAUCUUUUUCUGCAUUUUGCUUGAUCUUUUAAUUAAUUAAAUUUUCUGAUUUAUUUCUUUGUUAACUGACCUGUAAUGCUUUUUUCUAAAAGGAAUAAAAAAAUUGAAACAAUGAAAA